AUGAGAUCCUACCUCCGGUUUCUAGGCGUCGGUGUUGGAAUCGUGACGCUGGGCACUCUCUAUAUGAAAUAUCUGAGCAUCCUACAGAUAGUCGAGAACUUCAAAGCCUCAGUGUCCACCGGACUCGCCACAGUAAAAGCGAAAACCGAGGCACUCUUGGGGAGAGUAAGGGACGUUAAAGUCCCAGACGAAGUGAAAAACUCGAUUUCAGCCGUAUCAGAGGUGGUCAGGACGAAGUCCGGAGAACUUGGCAAUACGAUUAGGGAGGCCAAAGCUUCCGACGUGGCGGAGGUGGUCGAGUCAGUCAAGGGUACCGCGUCUACUAUGGCAGAGGUGGUCAGAGUGAAAUCCGAGGAACUGGGUGCUACACUCAGGGAUCCCAAAACGGCGGAGUCUGUCAGAAGCUCAGUGUCGGUUGCGUCUGAGGCCGUCAAGGCCAAAUCUCAGGAGGUCGGUGCUAGACUAUGGGAGUCUGGAGAAGUAAAAGGGAUGGAGUCUGUAAAAGCACUGUUUAAGAGAGACAAAGACAAAUGA